AUGUUCUGGCGAAAGUGGAAGUGGACCGUCAUAAGGAAUUUCGUAGCAUUCUGGUUGUUCGGUCUCUGCAACAACUAUGGGUACGUGAUCAUGCUGAGUGCUGCCGAGGAUAUCAUGGACAUCCAAAAAGGGCAGAACAAGACGGAAUCGCUAAGCCAGUGCGAGGAUCGAAUCAGUUCUCGUCAUUGCACAACGAUCUCCACGGGUGCUGUGCUAUUGGCAGACAACCUCCCCACCCUCAUCGUCAAACUCACCUUUCCUUUCUUCAUGCAACGCAUUCCUUUUGUAUUUCGUCAUGUGCUUAUAUGUCUUCUACAGGCGACGAGUUACUUUGUGGUCGCCUUCUCGCAGGACGUCGCCAUGUCACUGGCCGGCGUCUGCUUUGCCAGUCUCGGGUCCGGAAUAGGAGAGAUCAGCUAUCUAGCCCUUGCUUCGCAUUAUCCA